CAAAAGAGAAUUUUUUUUGAAAAUAAAAAGAUCUUUCCACAUCCUUCAUUCUGCUUCUUUUUCUCAUUAUUUUUUUGACAGAAAUUGAACUAGAUUAAAAAUGGCCUCUUCCGCUUUGAAAAUGAUUAAUCCCAACUCGGAUGUAGCUAGACGUGGUCAAGCUCUCCAGCUCAACAUUACUGCUGCGAUCGGUUUGCAAGAUGUUUUGAAGUCUAACUUGGGUCCCAGAGGAACCAUUAAAAUGUUGGUUGAUGGUGCUGGUGGUAUUAAACUUACCAAGGACGGUAAGGUUUUAUUGAGCGAGAUGCAAAUUCAACAUCCUACCGCCGCCAUGAUUGCAAAGGCUUCCAUUGCCCAAGAUGAAAUCACUGGUGAUGGUACCACCUCCAUUGUUUUAUUGGUCGGUGAACUUCUCAAGCAAGCUGAGCGUUAUAUCUCUGAAGGUCUUCACCCUCGUGUUGUCACUGAAGGUUAUGACUUCGCCAAGAAGGAGGCCCUCAAGUUUUUGGAAGAGUUUAAAACCGAAGUACCUGUCGAUCGCGAAUUACUCGUUUCAGUUGCUCGUACCUCUCUCCGUACCAAGGUACACCGUGCAUUAGCUGAUACUUUAACCGAAGCCGUCGUAGAUGCCGUUUUAGCUAUUCGUCGUGAAGGAGAACCCAUUGAUCUCCACAUGGUUGAAAUCAUGAAGAUGCAACAUCGUUCUGAUUCUGAAUCCAAGUUAAUUCGUGGUCUUGUUAUGGAUCAUGGUGCUCGUCACCCUGAUAUGCCCAAGAAGGUCAAAGAUGCUUUUAUUUUAACUUUAAAUGUCAGUCUCGAAUACGAAAAGUCCGAGAUUAACUCUGGUUUCUUCUAUUCUACACCUGAUCAACGUGAUAAAUUAGUUGAAAGUGAACGUAAACAUGUCGAUGAUAAGGUGCGUCGUUUAGUCGAAUUCAAGAAUGAGGUUUGUAGUGGUGAACAUGCUGGUCGUAGUUUGGUAAUUGUCAACCAAAAGGGUAUUGAUCCCCUUUCUCUUGAUAUCUUGGCCAAGAACGGUAUUUUAGCUCUUCGUAGAGCAAAGAGAAGAAAUAUGGAACGUCUUCAAUUGACUUGUGGUGGUGUUGCUCAAAAUUCCGUUGAUGAUUUAUCUGUUGAUAUUCUCGGUUAUGCUGGUAGUGUCUAUGAACAAGUCUUGGGCGAAGAUAAAUAUACCUUUAUUGAAGAUGUGAAGGAUCCUUACAGUGUCACCAUUUUAAUCAAGGGUCCUAACCCUCAUACCAUUUCUCAAAUUAAUGAUGCUGUUCGUGAUGGUCUUCGUGCUGUCAAGAACGCCAUUGAAGAUAAAUCUGUUGUUGCUGGUGGUGGAGCCUUUGAGGUUGCUCUUUCUCAACACUUGAUCGAAUAUAAGAAGCAAGUAAAGGGACGUGCAAAGAUGGGUGUUCAAGCUUUUGCUGAUGCCAUGUUGGUCAUUCCCAAGGUGCUUGCACAAAAUGCUGGUUUUGAUGCACAAGACGUUAUUGUUGCUUUACAGGAAGAACAUAUGGAUGGUCACAUUGUUGGUGUUGACUUGAAGUCUGGUGAAACAAUGGAUCCUAAGCUUGAAGGUAUCUGGAACAACUAUCGUGUGCAUCGUCAUAUGCUUCAUUCAUGUUCCGUCAUUGCAAGCAAUCUUUUAUUAGUCGAUGAGAUGAUGCGUGCCGGUAGAACCUCAUUAAAGGGACCUCAACUCGGAGAGUAAAUAAAUAAAAUAAAAUUAUCACGACAGUAAAUAAAAACA